GGGCUCCGGGCUGCUGGGCCGCCCCGGGUGUUGGGGGCUGGAGCGCGGCUGGGCGGGCCGUUCCCUGGGAGGUUGUGGAGACCGGAGGCAAGGGCGGACGAAGGCGUGGGCGCCGGGCCAGCUCCACGCGCGCCCCUGCCGCAGGCCCCCGGCCACGCCCCCCAGCCUCGGUUUUUCGGGUACAGCGUGGGCAGCCUCCAGGGGCCUUGGGGCGUCGCCCGACCCACGUGCUCUCCGGCCUCCGUGGCGCCGCAGAGGCGGUGCGUGGCGGUCCGCGCCCUGGACGCCCAGGGAGACUGAAGCCAGGAGCGGGGGUUCCGGGUGGGCCGCCGCCGGCGCUGGUUCCGAUGGCCGCGGCGACGCAGAAGGGGUGUGGCUAAGAGGGGAGGAACUGGCUCCUGUCUGCCCAGCCAGAGUGGACCCUUCGGGCCUCUCCUGUGGAGACUGGGGGGGAUCAGCCAGUCCUCCAGGCUGGGAAUUUCAGCGAAGCCAUGUGGUGGGAAUCCUACAGUUGCUGAUGGCACUGAUGGUCUUUGAGGACGUGGCCGUGUACUUCUCCCGGGAAGAAUGGGGGCUGCUGGACUCGACGCAGCGGGCCUUGUACCGCCAGGUGAUGCUGGAGAACUUCGCCCUUGUGGCCUCGCUGGGACUCUCUGCCUCCAGACCUCAGAUAGUCCUGCAGCUGGAGCGGGGUGAGGAGCCCUGGGUGCUCGGUGGGCUGGAUGUGAACCUGGCCAGGGAUGCCCAGAGGCGGCCCAGCCCUGGUUCCCAGCGUCCCGCAGAGGACAGAGCUGUUUCUGGGGAAGCAGCGUGGACCUUCCCAGAAAGGCCCCCCCUGACACCCACCGGGGUCCCCCCCACCCCUGCUGCCUGUGAGCCUGGAGAACGCCUGGAGGGGCAUCAGGGCAGUGCCUCGUCCGGAGAGAGGAAACCCACGGGGGUCUCAGUGAUCUACUGGGAACGGCUCCUGCUAGGCCCAGGCAGUGGGGAGGCCGGCGUGAGCCUGCGGCUGACCCCCCAGCUGCGGGCGCCCGCGGGCAGCGCCCCCACUGGGGCCGCUCUCCCAGACCUCGCCCAGCCUGGCGCGAAGCCGCAGCAGCCACCGAGGCGGGAGCGUCCUGGGAGGACCUCCCAGAGCAUCCCAGGCCUCGAGGCUGGUCACCCUGCGGGGGAACUAGGCCUGGGGGCAGCUUGGCACCAGCCCCAGAAACUCCUGGCCGGCCAGGAGCCCCCGCCCUGGGCGGAGCUGGGCGAGGCCCUGCGCGCAGGCCCCGGCCUCCUGCCCGGAGAGAAGACCUUCGAGUGCAGGGCCUGCAGCAAGGUCUUCGUGAAGAGCUCGGACCUGCUCAAGCACCUGCGCACGCACACGGGCGAGCGGCCCUACGAGUGCGCGCAGUGCGGCAAGGCCUUCAGCCAGACCUCGCACCUGACGCAGCACCAGCGCAUCCACAGCGGCGAGACGCCCUACGCCUGCCCGGCCUGCGGCAAGGCCUUCCGCCACAGCUCCUCGCUGGUGCGGCACCAGCGCAUCCACACGGCCGAGAAGGCCUUCCGCUGCGGCGAGUGCGGCAAGGCCUUCAGCCACGGCUCCAACCUUAGCCAGCACCGCAAGAUCCACGCGGGCGGCCGGCCCUACGCCUGCGCGCGCUGCGGUCGGCGCUUCUGCCGCAACUCGCACCUGAUCCAGCACGAGCGCACGCACACGGGAGAGAAGCCGUACGCCUGCGCGCUGUGCGGGGCCGCCUUCAGCCAGGGCUCCUCGCUCUUCAAGCACCAGCGCGUGCACACGGGCGAGAAGCCCUUCAGCUGCGCGCAAUGCGGCCGCGCCUUCAGCCACAGCUCCAACCUCACGCAGCACCAGCUGCUGCACACGGGCGAGCGGCCCUUCCGCUGCGCCGACUGCGGCAAGGCCUUCGCCAAGGGCGCCGUGCUGCUCAGCCACCGGCGCAUCCACACCGGCGAGAAGCCCUUCGUGUGCGCGCAGUGCGGCCGCGCCUUCCGCGAGCGGCCGGCCCUGUUCCACCACCAGAGGAUCCACACCGGGGAGAAGCCGCCGGUGCGGAGGCGCGGGGCCUCGGCAGCCUCGCGCAGCAGCAGUGCUCUCGGGGACCGGCCCGCCCCCGCCGCAGGCCCGGCCGCGGUGCCCGUGUCCAAGCCGGCAGAGGCCUGAGGUCCAGCUCCGCCCUCCCAGCCCCGCCCGCGGCCAGCGGGCUGGGUCCCUCCGGAGAACCCUGUGCACUCGGGUUCCAUCUGCCGCAGUGACUGACGGGAUGUGCCGCUUCAGCCACAACGCCUCCCCCAUUCCCGGGGACCGCGCUGCAGAAAGGCCCGGGGACGGACACGGAGGCGGGUACUUGGGUGGGGCCGAGGCGUGGCAGUCAGAACCAGGGGGAGGCCGGCAUGGUGGUGCCCCUUGUCACGUGUUGUGCCUGGACCCCAAGGGGAGGUGGGGGUGCUGCGAUGGGGUGGAGGCGGUCCCGAUAAAUCUGUGAUGUUCACACCCAGCUGGCUGGUCCCUGAUACUCGGGGUAUUCCCCCAGGUGUCUGUGCAUCCAAGGCUUCCUGGGAGUGGGCGUAGUGGACGAGGGAUCGUGUGGGGGUUGGGCAGGAAAGGAGGGACAACCUAAUUCUGGCUACAAAGGGUGUUUGCAGGCCCCGACCGACAGGACCUUUCUAAGGCGAACAUGCCAGCGCCCGCCCCUGUUCUGACUGCUGCCACGUUCCUCCUAGCAGCCCCGUGGGGGGUCAUGUUUGUGUCACUGUGUAUGGCAGAUGGCUUUGAGGUCUUGGAUGUGAUGGGACAGGAGCAUCCACUGCCCUGGGGUCAACCUUGGGGUCACCUGUGUCCCCUGCCUCAGAUCCCACAGCUUGGAUCCCAGUAAAGCUGCCGUGUGAGGCAGCUCCAACCCGUCC